UGGUUGGUUGGUUGGCUCGCCUCCACUCCAAUCCGCGCAGGCAGCGACAACUCGCUGGGGGUGACGGCGACCACUCCUCCACACCUGCGCGCGCGCAGAAAAGCUACUACUACUACUACCGCCUUUCCACCACCACCGACGCCGUCAUCAUGACGGCGGCGACGACGACGAUCCACACCGGCAGCCGCACUGGUGGUGGCCGCGGUGGUGGUGACGCCCCACUGCCACUCACUGAUCCACCCGGCCGCGCGCGAGCUAAGCUAAGCUAGUAGCUAGCUGCCUAGCUCGGCUCCACUCGCUUUCUGAUCUUGCUUCGCCUACUUGUCUACUCCCACGCACGCACGCACGCACCAGCGCUGUCCCUCCUAAUUCUCUUCUCCUCCCUUUCGCUUUCGCUUUUUUGGGCGCACUUAUCUAUUGGGGUUUGGACGGCGACGGGGCAAAGAAGAAGAAGCCCAAGAACCGGUCAUCUCGAGCUCUCGAUGGAUUCAGCGCCGGUAGGACUCGAGGCUAGUUAGCUAGCAGCAGCAAGAAGCGGUUCUUUGUUUGUUUUUAGCUCCGAUUUUGGGCCUGCAAGAAGAGAUGCCUUCCCGGCGGAGGGAGGAGCGCGGGUGCGGGUGCUGGGCGGCGGUGGCGCGGGGGCUACGUGGGGCAUGCUUCCGGCCGGCGGGGGUGGCGGCGGCGGCGUCGGGGGCCGACGAGAAGGGCGCGGCGGGGGGCUCCGCCAAGGGGAGCCACGUCCACGACGCAGUUUUUGGGUGAGGUGCUCAAGCAUUUUGUUUUUCUCUAUAACAGCAGAGACCAGAUAUCUAAAUGCUAGCAAUCGAGAGCUUGGUGAUCAUUUUCAGACAAACCUUGAUGAUGAAAAUGGUGUAAAUGCAUCAACUGAAAAGAAACUUCUUCGGUUUACUUUCCAAGAGUUGAAAUCUGCCACUGUUAACUUUAGGCCAGAUAGUAUUCUUGGAGAAGGUGGGUUUGGGUAUGUAUUCAAAGGAUGGAUUGAUCCAAACAGCACAUCUCCUGCAAAACCCGGUACUGGUCUUACAGUUGCUGUCAAAAGUUUGAAGCAGGAUGCACUUCAAGGUCACAGAGAAUGGGUGGCGGAAGUUGACUUUCUGGGACAGCUGCAUCACAAACACCUUGUUAAGCUGAUUGGAUACUGUAUCGAGGAUGACCAAAGGUUGCUUGUAUAUGAAUUCAUGGCCCGGGGAAGUCUUGAAAACCAUCUUUUCAGAAGGGCUCUUCCCCUACCUUGGCCCUGUAGAAUGAAGAUCGCUCUCGGUGCUGCUAAAGGGCUAGCCUUUCUCCAUGGAGGUCCCAAACCAGUAAUUUACAGGGAUUUUAAGACAUCAAAUAUUCUUCUUGAUGCGGAGUACAAUGCAAAACUUUCAGAUUUUGGGUUAGCGAAAGCUGGUCCUCAAGGCGAUAAAACUCAUGUCUCUACACGGGUUGUCGGUACCUAUGGUUAUGCUGCACCCGAGUAUGUAAUGACAGGACACUUGACAUCCAAGAGCGAUGUAUAUAGCUUCGGAGUAGUGUUACUCGAGAUGUUAACCGGUAGACGAUCAAUGGACAAGAAGCGGCCUACUGGGGAGCAGAACCUAGUGGCAUGGGCGAGGCCGUAUCUAAGUGAUCGGCGAAGGCUCUACCAGCUCGUAGAUCCUCGCUUGGGGCUGAACUAUUCAGUAAGAGGGGUGCAGAAGGUUGCUCAGAUCUGCUACCACUGCCUCAGCCGUGACACCAAGUCUCGUCCGACAAUGGAUGAAGUUGUCAAGCACCUGACGCCGUUGCAGGACCUAAAUGACAUGGCGUCUGCAUCAUAUAGACCUCGAUCAUCUCAGCGUGGAAAGGCACGUCGGUGAUGGCCGGAUCCACUGCUAAAAAGCAGCGAAAUUUGAUGAUUUUUAAGGUCAUUUCCGGGUGCUUUGUUUUGGUUUUAAUUGUAUAGUGAAACUAGGCUUGAUAAUCCUCAAAUCCCUGGAGAUGUGACGCCCCCUGAUGUCUAAUCUCGCUUAUUAGAUGAUCAGCCGAACACUGUGUUUGGUGGCUGGUUGCACAAGCGAAAAACGGCAUGUACGUGUGGUUGGCUGCAACGUGUAAUAACAACUUAUUUUUCUGACAAGGGCUGAUCAUCCGGUUGAUGCUUUCCAACUGUGAAUACCGAAUACUACUUUCGAGAUGCAUGGUAAUAUAGUGGAAAGGGGUGUGUGGUUUAACCCU